AAUGUGUGGAGGAGAUAGGGGAAAGGAAAUUAAAAGUGAAGAAAUUCAUUAGCCUGCAAAAAUUUUGGAUGAGAGACAAUGGCUACUGCUCCAUCCAUAUCUCUCUCCUUCCUAGUAAUUAACCCAAAAUCACCUCUUUUUACCCCCAAAAAUCCAUCAAUUUCAAAAUUUUCUUCCCUUAAAAAGUCUCACCCUCACAUAAUUCACAGCCCACAUCUACCAACUUCAUCAAAAAUCAUCCGAAAUCAGAGAAUUUCUGCUCUUCCGGAGAAUUUUUUGCUGUCCGAAGUGAAUCUUGAUGAAACUACUGAUCAAAUUGUUUCAUCCACCAAUGAUAAUGGAGUGUCUACCAUCAUACAAACGCUAUUGUUCAUUGCUUUCGUUGGUUUAUCUGUUUUAACCAUAGGGGUAAUCUACAUUGCCGUUACGGAUUUCUUGCAGAAAAGAGACAAGGAGAAAUUUGAAAAAGAAGAAGCGGCUAAGAAAAAGAAGAGCGGUCGUAAGGGGAAAAUUGUUGCAAGAGCUAGAGGCGGACCUAGAGGGUUCGGACAAAAGAUUGAGGAAGUUGACGAUGAUUAGGGAUGACAACAGAGCGGGACAGAUGGUUACACUGUUUUUUUUUUUUUUUCCUUUUUUCUUUUUCUUGGAUGAGUAGUUUUUCUUUGUUGGCAUGUAAUUUGUAUCAUUUUUCACUCAUUUACAUUUUACACUACUUAGUAACAUUUCUGGGUGAAAGAAAGAAAGAAAGAAAGGUUACUGCAUUA